CAAAUAUUCUGUAGACUAUAGUUGCAGUAUAGAGAAUAUCAUACGUGAAUAGCGGACGAAUGCUUGUGUAUAGUAGCUCGAGCAGUAGCAUUUUGAUCUCGGCGACACUAUUUAUAUUUGUAUAAAUACUUGAGUAUCAUCCGCCAAGGUGAACAUAAGUUGUUCUGGGAAUCGAACUGCCGCUCAUUAUUACUCAACAAAAACUAGUCCAACUAGUCCGAGAUGCUCAGCGCUAUCAACCAUUGCCGUGUGCUUACAGCACCUGUGGUAACGCAGCAAGUGCGCGCCAUGUCCACAAUACGAAAGAAUGAGAGGAAUAUUGGAAUAAAGGGCAUUGAGGUCUAUUUCCCCCGCACAUACGUAGCCCAGUCUGACCUGGAAGCAUAUGAUGGUGUAUCUGCCGGAAAAUACACAAAGGGCCUCGAACAACAGGCAAUGGCAUUCACAUCUGACCGCGAGGAUAUCACAUCAAUGGCGUUAACUUCAUUCACCAAUCUCAUGCGCAACAACGAUGUCGACUACAAAGACGUGGGCUUUCUAUCUGUAGGAACGGAAACACUGGUUGACAAAUCCAAGAGUACCAAAAGCGUGCUCAUGCAGCAGUUUUCUGAGAGUGGAAACUACGACGUGCAAGGGGUAGACAGCAUCAACGCAUGCUAUGGUGGCACGGCGGCCAUAAUGAAUGCGAUCAAUUACAUCGAAACGUCAGACGAUUACGAUGGUCGGGAUGCUGUUGUGGUGACUGGAGAUAUCGCUGUGUAUGAGAAAGGUGCAGCCAGACCUAGCGGGGGUGCAGGCAUUGUAUCUUUGUUGAUAGGUCCCAACGCGCCUUUGGCUUAUGAUCGCGGUGUUACUGGCACACAUAUGGAGCACGUUCACGAUUUCUACAAACCGGUAUUGAACUCGGAAUACGCCGUUGUUGACGGACAUUUGUCGAUCGAUUGCUAUUUGCGAGCUCUGGCUGGUGCCUACAAUACAUACAAGCAGCGAUAUGCGCGUGUCCACGGGGAUAACUUCUCCUUAGAUAAGGCAGAUUAUUCGUUGUUCCACUGCCCAUUUGGCAAACUAGUGCGAACUAGUUACGCCUGGUUGGCAUAUCUUGACUAUGUGGAGCGUCCCGCAGACCCCCGCUUCUCUGGAGUACCCGACAAGUUCAUGGGAUUAGGAAUUGGGGCUGAGGCGUACGGUAACAAGGAAUUGCUGCUGACAUUCAGGGAUUUGGUUAAGUCCGACUAUGAGUCCAAGGUGGUGCCCUCGCUUCUGCUUAAUCAGCAGCUGGGUAAUAGUUACACAGGGUCUCUUUACAUGAGUCUAGCGUCAUUGCUGUCGCAGAAAUCAUCUGCUGAGCUGCAACAGAAGCGUAUCAAUAUGUUUUCGUACGGAUCUGGUAUGGCUGCUACUCUGUUCUCCUUGAAGGUGGUCGGAGAUACCUCCAAAAUUGCGAUGAACGAUCGUGUGCACGAGAAGCUUGCUCAGAGAGUGCAAAUGAGCGCACAAGAAUUUACCGAUACGUUGGAUCUACGCGAGCGUACACACAACCUCAACGAUUAUACGCCCGUGGGUGAUAUCGGUAUGCUUUUCCCUGGCUCGUACUAUAACGAGUAUAUCGACAGCAAAUAUCGAAGGCAAUACAAGCAGGUGCCUCUACAGGGCACUGUUGACUAUGCGGAGAACGAGAAGAUACUUUCGCAGGCAUAAGUUACAUACACGAAGUCGGAUUUGAGUGCAUGUCCGCGCGUCGGCAGUAAAUGGUAUUUUUCUGCUGAUGCGUUGCAACUCUAUUCCUGUACAUAGGCUGGACAAUACUACAGUUAUAUGUAGGUAAUAAAUCAAAAGCUAGAAUAACUAUCAAGGCGCCACUGAAAUCAAUCCACAUCGUCCGCCCGUGAACGAACGGUAUGCUUUCCCCAGGAACAUAUUUUAUCGAGUAUAUCGACAAUGACAAUAAAAUCAGGUACCUCUACUGAGUAUUGUUGACUGCGUGCAGAGCCAGAAAAUACUUUCGCAGGCAUAAGUUAAGAUAUUUCUGC